CGCAUGCGCCGACGCAUCAGUGUUGCCGGAUCCAUCACUAGCUAACAGAUAAACCCUCAGUGUACUGGUCAGAUGAAGGUGUUGGUCACAGGAGGCUCUGGAUUGGUGGGGAGAGCCAUACGUCAUGUUAUAGAAGAAGAGGGAGCCAAAAAAGGAGAAGAAUGGAUAUUUCUGUCCUCCAAAGAUGCAAACCUAAUGAACAAAGAGGAAACACAGGCUGUUUUUGAAAAACAUCGGCCCACUCAUGUCAUCCAUCUGGCUGCUAUGGUGGGAGGUCUUUUCAAGAACAUGAAGCACAACUUGGACUUCUGGAGGAACAACGUCUACAUCAACGAUAAUGUGCUGCAGGCAGCACAUGAGGUCGGGACUGUUAAAGUUGUUUCCUGUCUAUCCACCUGUAUUUUUCCCGAUAAAACAACAUAUCCUAUCGACGAGACCAUGAUUCACAAUGGCCCUCCUCAUGAGUCCAACUUUGGUUAUGCCUAUGCUAAAAGGAUGAUUGAUGUUCACAACAGGGCCUAUUUCCAGCAACAUGGCCGAUGCUACACAGCUGUGAUUCCCACAAAUGUGUUUGGUCCUCAUGACAACUUCAGCAUCGAGGAUGGCCAUGUGCUCCCAGGGCUCAUACAUAAGGCAUACAUCGCUCAAAAGGAGGGGAAGCCCCUAGUGGUCUGGGGUUCAGGCUCUCCUAGAAGGCAGUUCAUCUACUCUUUGGACUUGGCUCGUCUUUUCCUCUGGGUCCUGAGGGAGUAUCCAGAGGUCGACCCAAUCAUUCUCUCUGUUGGGGAAGAAGAUGAAGUUUCCAUUAAAGAAGCAGCAGAGGCAGUUGUUGAGUCGUUGAGCUUUAAAGGAGAAGUAGUGUAUGACACCAGUAAAGCAGAUGGUCAGUUUAAGAAGACUGCCAGUAAUGCAAAACUACGCCAGUACCUGCCAGACUUCAAAUUCACACCCUUCAGCCAAGCUUUAAAAGAAACUUGUGAUUGGUUUGUUGCCAAUUAUGACACCGCCCGGAAAUAAGACGACCCCUGACCCAGUUGGCAUCAAAGCUGUCCAUUGAAUGACAAUUUCUGCAAAAAGAAAAACUAAUGAGGUAAACAGUGGAGAGUAUUGUAGGACAUUAGAUUAUGUGCAGAAAGUAGUGAGCUAAUAAUGAUGUCUGAUAACCAUUAAAAAGCUUUGUAGUUUUAAAUUGAGACUGUAACAUGUUUUAGUUGUUUCCUGCCUGUUUCUUUUUCAGUUACAACUUUUUGUUCUUUUGUGUUAAAUGUGUUUGAGUUUAUAUUUUACAGUAGUCAUAUUCCUUUCCUUAUUCAAAUUACUACAGAAAAGCAUAAAAAAAACCUGAAAGUUCCACUCAAGUGUUCAUUAAACAUGUUUAAAUAAUAACUUCCUAUUUCUAACUGGUUAAUUAAGAAAUUAUUUUCUCCGUUCAGGAGAUUUAAACUGGUAUCCUACCAAGGAAACUAAUAACACUCUGGUGAAUCUUGUGAUAAAAUUUAAUUCUGGUAGAUUUUAUACAGACUUUCUAAUUUCUAUUCUGGUUCUGAAGAGCAUUUUGCUUAUGUUCACAGGCAUCAGAACAAUAAAUAAUGUCAAGCUGUGGUUGUAUAAAGCAGUAUGAAAGGAAACAGCUGAAAAUUUCACUUUUCUAAACAUAAGUCAGGGUUUUACUUUCAGGGGUGGGACUUUACAAAAUGUAGCUGUCAAUGUUAUUCAUAAAAUAAAGCCUUAUUCACACUAACUUACCAUUAAAGCCAAUGUUCUAGGUUUUUCACAAUUCUAGCAAAGGGUUUUUUUCCAUUCAGAAAAUGUAUACUUUUCUCCUGUUGUCCAUGAAGCUCACCCGCUUCUGCUACAUAGAUUCUUUGAGAACAAUCAAGAUUACGGUUCACACUUUCCCAGAAACUUAUAUUCUGUAGUUUCAGAAGAAAUGUCAAUCAUAAAAAAAAGCUGCAUUCCUCUUUAGUAUUGGGAGCUCUUUGUAAAAGUUUCAAAUUGUUUAUUUUUUUAGAAAAAUAAAGGUGGAUUGAUUUA